AUGUCGCACGACGAGCAGGGCGUGGGUCAAUCGCCUAAGAGCACCGAGCGCACUCCAUUGCUUGCAGGCGAGCAGACGGCGCACGGCGGUCAGGAUUCGGAGCGCAGCUCGCUCGAUGGCCGCCAGGCUUCACAGGACGAGCAUGAGGAAGCGGCUCUGCUCGAGCCGCAGCAGGAGAAGCGCACCGCGAAAUGGUAUCUAUGGAGGGCAUUUUGGGUCAUUCUAGCGACUUUGGUGCUUGCAUUAUUCAUCAAGGGAUGGGUGGAUUCCGAUGCUACUGAUUUCGAUUUGGGGGGUGCACUCAAACGCGCACUUGGCGGAGGACUUAGCGGUGCUGCAGCUAUGGUUCUACAGGUCCUACUUCUCAUGCCUAUUCGGACGAUCAUGAACUAUCAGUAUCGCCACGGGUCUUCUCUUGCCACUGCUACGAAGACACUUUACCAGGAUGGUGGCAUUGGGAGGUAUUACCAAGGUCUAUUUGCAGCGCUCAUUCAAGGUCCCGUAUCCAGAUUUGGGGAUACAGCGGCCAAUGCUGGUAUUCUGGCUUUACUCCGCUCUAACUCGUACUUGAAUCGCAUGCCGACUCUGAUCCAAACCAUCUUCGCCUCGCUCUGCGCGGCCGCUUUCCGAAUGAUCUUGACCCCUAUCGAUACCCUCAAGACGACCCUGCAGGCACAAGGACCCCGUGGAACCGCCUUGCUUCGCCAGCGAAUAAAGACGAACGGCUUGGGUAGUCUUUGGUGGGGUGCGUUCGCUACGGCUGCCGCUACCUUUGUUGGACAUUACCCUUGGUUUGCUACAUAUAAUUUCUUGACCGAGUUCAUAGAGGAGCCGUCAAAAGAACACCAAUUGGGCCUGUAUCUACUUCGCCUCGCUUUCAUUGGAUUCUGCGCAUCAAUCGUGUCUGAUACCAUAUCCAACUCGUUGAGAGUGGUCAAGACAUAUCGCCAAGUCAAUGACACCAAAGUCUCAUAUUCGGAAGCUGCAAGACUGGUUGUCCUUCAGGACGGCCUCUCUGGCCUGUUCGGACGUGGCCUGCCAACCCGCAUCCUAGCAAACGGGUUGCAGGGCAUUCUAUUCUCUAUACUGUGGAAGCUUUUCUUAGAUCUGACAGUUGGGAAAAAGAAACCAGUUCGUAGCUUCAACAUGUAUUGCGAACAGUUGACGAGAAGGGCAGACCCGAAGGCUUCUGCCGCCACGGAAAUGCCCAGUGUUGAUGGCGAAUUGAUAAUGAUGGGUGCCCGGUACCAGUUCCGACGUGUACUUGGAUAG